CGGCGGCGGCAGCUAGGCCGCGGGCAGUGCGCAGUGCGGGCGCGCUGGGGCGGAGCGGGCACCAUGUGGGCCGGGCGCGUGCUCCGCGCUGCUCCCUCCGCAGCCCCCCGCGGCCGCCGCGCGCUGUCGGCGCUCACCCAGCUGCGUGGCGUCCUGGAGGAGGAGCUGGGCGCCAUCCGCGGGGCUGGCACCUGGAAGAGCGAGCGGGUCAUUACGUCCCGUCAGGGGCCGCGCAUCCACGUGGACGGCGUCUCCGGAGGAAUACUGAAUUUCUGCGCAAACAACUACCUGGGCCUGAGCAGCCACCCUGAGGUGAUCCAGGCAGGUCUGCAGGCCCUGGAGGAAUUUGGAGCUGGCCUUAGCUCUACCCGUUUCAUCUGUGGGACCCAGAGCAUCCACAAGGAUCUAGAAGCAAAGAUAGCCCGCUUCCACCAGCGGGAGGAUGCCAUCCUGUAUCCUAGCUGUUUUGAUGCCAACGCUGGCCUCUUUGAGGCCCUGCUGAGCCCACAGGAUGCAGUCCUCUCAGAUGAGCUGAACCAUGCCUCCAUCAUCGAUGGCAUCCGUCUGUGCAAGGCCCAUAAGUACCGCUAUCGCCACCUGGACAUGGCUGAUUUGGAGGCCAAGCUGCAGGAGGCCCAGAAUCAUCGACUGCGCCUGGUGGCCACUGAUGGGGCCUUUUCCAUGGACGGGGACAUCGCACCCCUGCGGGAGAUCUGCCACCUUGCCUCUCGAUAUGGUGCCCUGGUUUUUGUGGAUGAAUGCCACGCUACUGGCUUCCUGGGGGCCACAGGACGAGGCACAGAUGAGCUGCUGGGCGUGAUGGACCAGGUCACCAUCAUCAACUCAACACUGGGGAAAGCACUGGGUGGAGCCUCAGGGGGCUACACGACGGGGCCUGGGCCCCUGGUGUCCCUGCUACGGCAGCGCGCCCGGCCCUACCUCUUCUCCAACAGUCUGCCACCUGCUGUCGUAGGCUGUGCCUCCAAGGCCCUGGACCUACUCAUGGAGAGCAAUGCCAUUGUCCAGUCUAUGGCAGCCAAGACCCAGCGUUUCCGCAGUAAGAUGGAGGCUGCUGGCUUCACUAUCUUGGGAGCCGGUCACCCCAUUUGCCCUGUGAUGCUGGGUGAUGCUCGGCUGGCUUCUUGCAUGGCAGAUGACAUGCUAAAGCGAGGCAUCUUUGUCAUCGGAUUCAGCUAUCCAGUGGUCCCCAAGAACAAGGCCCGGAUCCGGGUGCAGAUCUCAGCCGUGCACAGCGAGGAGGACAUUGACCGCUGUGUGGAGGCCUUCGUGGAGGUGGGGCGGCUGCAUGGGGCACUACCCUGACCCAGCUGGUGACAAGCAGAGCCAAGGUCUCCCUCCCUCCACAUUGACAGAGGGGCCCUUUGGUCAGCCCAGUCCUGAGGCACUGAGUCCUCUCAAAGUCUUCGGGCUGGGCUGGGCUGGGGUAGGCCAAGUGUGUAGUCAAGAGUGUCAAGCAACAAUGUGGAAGCAGGCUGA